CCCUUUCUGUGAGGCCACGUUGCUUGUGAGUGCCAUUAUACUCGGGCUGACGCGGAGUGGAGCGGUAACCGGAAGCGGAGAGUAAAAUGGCCGAGGCGCUGCUGAAUCUCUCCGGCUUGCCCGACGAUCUUCCCACCAGCGUGAACAAGAGCUGCUCGCUGAACACGGGCUUCCAGUUCUACUACCUGCCCAUCAUGUACAUCUUGGUCUUUGUGACCGGUUUCAUCGGCAACAGCGUGGCCAUCUGGAUGUUUGUUUUCCACAUGAAACCCUGGAGCAGUAUCACCGUCUACAUGUUCAACCUCGCCCUGGCUGACCUCUUCUAUGUCUUCUCGUUGCCCGUCCUGAUAUUCUAUUACUUCAACAAGACUGACUGGAUCUUCAGCGAGGUGCUGUGCAAACUGCAGAGGUUCAUCUUCCACGUGAACCUGUACGGCAGCAUCUUGUUCCUUACCUGCAUCAGCGUCCAUCGCUACACGGGAGUGGUACACCCACUCAAGUCGCUGGGGAGGCUGAAGAAGAAAUCGGCCAUUGUGGUGUGCGCCUGCGUGUGGCUGAUCGUCAUGGCCGGCAUUGCUCCCAUCUUGUACUUCUCCAGGACAGGCCUGAAGAAGAACAGGACCACCACUUGCUUUGACACCACCUCAGCCAACCUGCUCCACAACUAUUUCAUCUACAGCAUGCUGACCACCGUCUUCGGGUUCAUCGUCCCCUUUGUCACCAUCUUCGUCUGCUACGGUUUCAUCGUACGGGCGCUGGUGAGCAACGACAUGAAGACUCCUCUGAGGGGCAAGUCCGUCAGGCUUGUCAUCAUCGUGCUGGCGGUCUUCUCCUUCUCCUACCUUCCGUUCCACGUCAUGAAGAACCUCAAUCUUCAAUCCAGGCUGUACUACCAGGGCCCCGAGUGGUGCGAGUGGAACAGGCGGGUGUAUGCUACCUACCAGGUCACCCGAGGCCUGGCCAGCCUCAAUAGCUGUGUGGACCCCAUCCUGUACUUCCUAGCCGGCGACACCUUCAGGCGGAGGUUUACCACUGCGGCGUCGCGGUUCGUGUCCAGGCGAGGGGACACCGUCGUGCAGUCCCGCAGUGAGGAUAAUCCCCUCCACGGGGUGUCCGAGCACUGCCAGAAUGGGGGGGACACCUCGCUGUGAGCGCACACCACUGAACAGGAAGCACGUGCUUUAGCACGGAGAAACACAGUGGAGCCCACCACCCCCCACCACGCACCCCACCCCACACAGUCGCCAGCUUCUUUCUAAAGCUUAGAGCUUAAAGGAACCAAUAUUUACGAUGCCGAGCAUCGCCCAAUUUAACAACUGAACUGCAGAGAACUUACCUCCUCCCUUAACUUCCAAACCAACCACAGUAUUUUCGUUUUUCUUGUUUACAGGUUUCUUCGUGUGAAAAAGAGGGAGAGCCCUUUCUCUCCUGAGAGAGAGAAAGAAAGAGAGAGAGGGAAGGACUGAGAAAGAAAGAGAGAGACAGAGAGAAAGGGAAUCCCAUUUCGAACUAAGUUGACAGGAUUUUCUUCAGCAAAUUUAAUUUGCAAUAUCUCUCUCUUGCGUCAUUUGCACCCCGCAACGUUGCAGAGCUCCCAUCAGCGCAUUUUGUAAUGAAAUGCAAGAAAUGUGAGGCACUGGGCCAGCCUUGGUGUGACCACCGCCCCUUCUCCUGCUGUUAAGGGAGCAGAUUGUCUUGAUCUUCGCUCAGCAACUCUCUAAGAGGCCACAAGCCAGAUUUACUGCUCUGCAUGAGAGAAAGUUGGGAGGGAGGUGUGGUGGGGGGGGGUAUCGAGGGAGAGAAGAAAAGUAUGAAUUUUAAUCUUACAAUCUGAUGGUGACUGCAACCAGAUUCUGACCAUCCUGCCGAUACCCAGCUUGGGACAGUUUGCAGCCUAAUCUGAUUGCAGCGUCCUUCAGGGGAGGUUCCAAAAAAGACAACAACUUGCAUUUGUAUAGUGCCCCUCACACUGGUAGUGACCCGGAGCGCUUGACAGCAGCGGAGCACGAGGCCGAGCCAGCGGGAGGGGGUAGAUGACCGUAGCACGGUCGAAGAGGAAGGUCUUCAGAUGCGACCUGCUGAUGGGGAAUGAGAGGGCAAAGCGGAGGGAUAGAGGGAGAGUCUUCAAGCGUUUCGGGGCAUA